AUGCCCGCUCGCCCAUCGUCCUGCUUUCCCCACACUCAUUCUCCCUCGCUUUUCAUCUCAUCUCGCCCCGUCUGCCCUCCCUGUGCGGUGCAUCUGCCCCCUCGCCCCCCGUGUUACAGGUUCUGUGGUAACCACAUCCCAGAGACUGCAGCGCUGCGAGUGCCCUGCCCGGUCGACGCCUCCCAGUACGCUCGUCUCCUCUCCCCCUCCAUUCUGCGCCCCUCAUUUGUCUCCUCUCCCCACUCUCCUCCUCCUCUCACUCUCCUCUCCCCACCCCCUCCCCCCCUCACUCUCCUCCUCCCCUCAAUCUACCGCUCUUUUCCCUCCUUCACCAUACUCGCAUCCGAGGUCCAAUUGCACGUCGCCAAGUGUCCUGCAGCCGUGCAGAGGGGGUUGACAGAGGGAGCAGCGUACUUCAAGGGCGGCCUCAAUGCAAGAGGGCCGCCACUAGGUGCCAGAAGCAGCUCCACGGCCCAGGCAGGGGGUCAUGCUGCUGCUGACUCCACUGCUGCUCAUGCCCAUAUCGCUGCUGCUGCUGCUGCUGCUGCUUCUGCCCCUGCUGCUCCCACUACUGCUGCUGCGGCGCCUGGGCCUGACGGACAGGCCGCGGCUGCAUCCGCCUCUGCGGGCAAGCGAGCGGCCUCAUCAUCAGCAGCAGCAGCAGCAGCGGCAGCGAGGAGGCAGAUGGUGGCGGCGCUGGGGGAAGGCGAGUGGCAGCGCCUGCUGCACCUGCUGGGGGAGGCACAUGCAGUAGCCUUUGGGGGCCAUGGCGGUGCAUGGGCGGGUGAGACAUGGGCGGAUGAGACAUGGGCGGGUGAGACAUGGGCGGAUGAGACAUGGGCGGGUGAGACAUGGGCGGAUGAGACAUGGGCGGGUGAGACAUGGGCGGAUGAGACAUGGGCGGAUGAGACGUGGGCGGAUGAGACAUGGGCGGAUGAGACAUGGGCGGGUGAGGCAUGGGCGGGUGAGGCAUGGGCGGGUGAGGCAUGGGCGGCUGUCUCCCCUGCUCCCCUCCCCUCUGCUCUCCUCUGCGCCCCCCUCUGCCCCCCUCCCCCACCUCGCCCCACCGCACCAGGAGUGUGCCAUUCAAGCCACGCCAUGAGUGUACCAUUUGAGCCGCGGCAUGUGAAGCAGCAGGCGUCCAUCCUCGCCAACCUCGCCCGCGUGGGGCUGCUGCGCCCCCUGCCGCGCCCGCGCACGGUUGAGCGCCCAGCAACACAGACAGGCGCGCAGGCAGAGAGGGGUGCAGUGGUGCAGGGAGACGCGCAGGGAGGCAGCACAGCAGGGCACGUGAGAGGGGCAGAGCAGGCAGGAGCGGGAGGGGCGGGGCAGCAGCGUGGGGGCGAGGAGGCCAAGGAAGCACGCCCGCAUGCCGGGGCUGCAGCCGUGCAGCACGGAGGGGAGGAGGCGGGGCGGCAGGGAGAGGAGAAGGGUCUGGAGGUCCCAGUGAAGGAGGGCGAGAGCAGGGGCGAUGGCGCGGUGGAUGAGGAGGGCGAGGGCGAGGGCGGGGGCGAGGGAGAGGGCAGGGUGUAUGUGGAGCUGGGCGCGGGCAGGGGGUACCUGACUCACAUGCUGUGCUCCUGCUUCCUCGCCCGCCAUGUGGUGCUCGUUGAACGCCGCGCUUACAAGUUCAAGGCUGAUCGUGCUCUGAGGAAACUCCCAGGAGUUAACCUGAUGCGCGUCCGAGUUGACAUCGCAGACCUGCAGCUGGCAGCGCUGCCGAGCCUAGAGGGUCGCCCCCUGGUGGCCAUCAGCAAGCACCUCUGCGGCCCCGCCACAGACUUGGCCCUCAGGUGCUGCCUGAACGCCUCACAAACAAGCCAGCCCAGUCAACCGGGUCAACUGGGUCAUCAGGGUCAACCCAGUGAAGAGAGUCAUCUCAAUCAAGGUCAACAGGAACCCAGUCAACAGGGUCAACCCAGUCAAGAGAGGCAACAGGGAACGCGCCUGGCAGGGCUAGCCAUUGCUACGUGCUGCCAUCACCUGUGCGACUGGGAUUCUUAUGUCAACCCGGCCUUCUUCACGCGUCUGGGCUUCGCCCCAUCGGACUUUGCAGCAGUGGCGUGGAUGAGCAGCUGGGCGCUGCUGGGGGAAGGUAAGGGCGCAACAGGGGGUGGUGAGGGCGCAACAGGGGGUGGUGAGGGCGCAACAGGGGGUGGUGAGGGCGCAACAGGGGGUGGUGAGGGCGCAACAGGGGGUGGUGAGGGCGCAACAGGGGGUGGUGAGGGCGCAACAGGGGGUGGUGAGGGCGCAACAGGGGGUGGUGAGGGCGCAACAGGGGGUGGUGAGGGCGCAACAGGGGGUGGUGAGGGCGCAACAGGGGGUGGUGAGGGCGCAACAGGGGGUGGUGAGGGCGCAACAGGGGGUGGUGAGGGCGCAACAGGGGGUGGUGAGGGCGCAACAGGGGGUGGUGAGGGCGCAACAGGGGGUGGUGAGGGCAUGAAUGGGGAGAGCAUGGGAGGUGGUGAGGAGGGCCAAGAUGCAGGUGAGGAGGCAGGUGGUGCGGCAGCAGCAUCAGGAGCUGUCCCGUCAACAGCAGCAGCAGCAGCAGCCAAGCGGAAUGGAACAGUAGUGGGAAAGGAAGGUGUGGAGGAAGAUCAGCCACAGGAGGCAGCAGCAGCAGCAGCAGCACAGGCAGCAGCAGCAGCAGCACAGGCAGCAGCAACAACAGAGGCAGCAAGCAGGCCGUGGUUCGCCCAUCUGUCAGUGGAGCACAAGGUGCAGGUGGGGAGGGCGUGCAAGAUGCUGAUAGAUGCGGGGCGGCUGGAGUGGCUGCAAGGCAGGGGGCUGGGGGUGGAUGCCUCGGCUGAGGAGAAGCAGAGCAGGCGCUCGGCUCUUGCCCUCAUUGCCACCACCGUUGCCGUCUCCCUUUCCGGCAGCGCUCAGGCCGUCACCGGCGUGAAGAUCGAGGGCCCCCCUCCUCUGGCUGGUGGCCUUCCCGGCACUGAGAACUCUGACCAGGCCCGUGACUUCGAGGCCCCCCUGAGCGAGCGGUUCUACAUCCAGAUCAAGACCCCCGAUGAGGCUCUCGCCCGCGCUAAGGAGGUCAUCGGCGUCUUCCCCGAGGUUCAGGGCUACAUCUCCAAGAAGGCCUGGCCCUAUGUCCGCAACGAGCUGCGCUCCGAGCUCGGCUACUUGAGAUACGAUCUUGCCACCGUCAUUGCCUCCAAGGCCAAGGCUGAGAAGAAGGCUCUUAAUGCCGAGCUCAAGGAGCUGGUCACCACUCUGGAGUCGUUGGACUAUGCUGCCCGCGUGAAGGACCAGGAGGCCGCUCAGAAGUUCUUCGAUGCCACCAAGUCCAAGGUGUCUGCCCUGCUUGCUAAGCUGUAA